AUGAUUAGGAAUACCCCUCCGAAACCAUCCUCUCGCCGGCGUCGCCACUCACGAAAGUAUGCGCCCUCUUCCGAAGAAUUCCCGGAGCCUCUUGACAAGAAGAAGCAGGAAAAAAAUAAGGUGGAGAGGAAGCCGCGGCCACCGGGACUCUCAGAGCUUCUAGGUAGCUAUUUCGUGACGGGAGGACGAGCGGGCGACAAUACUCGCGCGGAAUUGCGGACAAUUGAGAGAGACAUUGUGGAAAGAGAAGCAACAAGACCCCGGGAUCCUAAGCCUGGAGAAAUCGUUUUCAAAGAACCGCCACGACCAGAGGCAGUGCGCAGAGAGAGGAUCAAAAUUGAACAAGCACAAGCGGAGGUUCUACGUGAGACUCGACGUCGAGAGGAAGUAGACCUUAUAUUACGGCGCCACGAAACUGAACGUCAAACAUGGGAGCAAGAGCUUCGACAACGCGAACAGGAAAUUCGAAAAUACGAAGCUGAACUUCAACGUUUGAAGUAUGAGCGUCAAUUUGAGACUCUACAUCGAGAACAGGAAGAUAAAUUACGGCGUAAGGAGGAUGAAUAUCGACGACGUGAAGAGGAUUUUGUUCGAAAACAUGAAGCUGAACUUCGACACUAUAAGAGGGAACGUGACGUUGAAGUUCAACGCCAUGAGAGCGAGCGUCAACCUCAUCAGGUUCAAGUUGACCAUCAUUCUGAACCUGAAAUUAUUGUUCGAGAACAAAAUCCUAGAUCCGAAUCCCGAGGACGUUCGCGUCAUGGCACGGACAGUGACAGCGACGAUCGCCCUCCAGACCAACCCGAACCACGACCAGGUCUCCGAGGGGGAGGGCCUUCGGGAGGAGCGAGGUAUCGAGCCGAAACUGAACCCGAAGAUCUAAUCUACAUAUUUUACGUUCGAUACGGCGAAAUUAAAGAGAUAUCAACAGACCUUUCACCUAGAAGACAAGGCGGCAUUGGCCGCUGGACUGAUAAGCGCCUUUUGACGCACCUCGUGGAGAGAUACCGGAGGCAAAGUGGAAAUGAAAAGUGGUGGACAUGGAGGUAUUGGUGGGAUUCCUUCAUGAAGGAGAUUGCUGCCUUGAUCCUUAUCCAAAUGGAAGAAUCGACAGUCUUUUACGAAAGAAUCCCAUACCCCGGCGAGAGACAGGAACCCCCAAUUACCGACCUACGGCGCCGAGUCAAGCGAAGUAUCGAUCUCUUUGGCGGCAAAGAAGCGUCGGGCCAGUUCAGGUACUUGAUUCGCCACUAUAAAACCAUGACCGACAGCAGCCGAAUCAUAACGAGCCAGAUCGACCGGCUGGCCAUAUCGGGACAACAAGACCACGCCGAGUCGGCACAUUACAAAUAUUAUUUGUUACUCGAGGUAGUUGAGGGCCAGAAUGGGCAAGCGUUCCUCCUUGGCAUCCUCAUAAUAAUACUCUGCUUCCUCGCUUUCGGCCUCGCGCUGGGCGCCACUCAAGCAUCGAGCAUCAGUUGGGGCGACGUCUUCUCCAUUUCUGGCUUCGGUCUGGCCGCUCUAAGCGGCUUAUUCGCCCUCAUGGGGCUGGCCCAGUACCUCGGGCUGGAAGAUAUGAGUCCGGGGAAUCCGAUUUCCAGAGAUACUGCGGAGGAUUAG